CUAAAGCAACUUCAUAAAUACAUCUACCCACUCUUAAAACCUAGUGGUUUUGAACCCUUAAUUUCUGUCAAAAGAAAAAAAGGAAAAAGAUACUUAAUAUCGAAUGAUCAAGGUGCAGGCUGCAGGUGUUACAGCAACCCCAGGUGAAGCUUGGGAUUGGAAUGAGCCUGGCGAGUUUGAUAUUUCCCAAAUCUUUAUAUCACAUGAUGGAAAUUACAUUCGUUCCAUUCAGUUUGAAUAUGUUCAGGGUGGAAAUUUUCUACUUUCUCCUUGUCACGGAACAAGACAUGGUCCAAAAUUUUUGUGUGUUAAAUUCGAUUACCCAGCAGAGUUUCUCAAGAAGCUGAGUGGUAAAUAUGAUGGGACAUACGGAAAUGGAAUAGUUUCAUUAACAUUUACAACAAAUAAAAAAACUUAUGGGCCGUUCGGAAACUGCGAAGACCAUCGGAUGGUUGAUUUCGAGGAGUUCGAUGCCAGUGAAGAUUACAGAUUUCCUGACUUCGACUUUGAUGUAGGAGAGAAUCGGUUCGGAGGAUUUCAUGGGUUUGUGGGUAGAGAUACUCUUCUGUCCAUUGGAAUAUAUGUCAACCUUGCAGCUGCUCGACGCACCAGAGCUCUAUCAGUCCAAGGUUCAAAUUCGCUGUCUCUUUAUGAUGAUGUAAAAGAAGAAAGUUAAAGCAAUUUGCAGGAAGCGAGGCUGGAUCCCUGAUUGCUCUUAAACCGUGUCAGAGUACCCGCGCCAACCGUAGCUAAAUCUGAAACGCUCAAAUCUGAAGCUUUUUAUGGUAGAAAUCGCUCUAGAAAAUGUGUCUUCUUUGUGUUUCCUGCAAUAUAGCCAUAGAUAUGUUUGCACGAUCUGUGUGUGUUAAUGGUUAUAUAUUGGUGGGCUUCGUUAAAAUCGGGCUCGAACAGAAUUAGCCUCAUAUUUCCUUCAAUGAAUACGCAUAGGACGCCACAGGUCCAGUCAUCAACUUGGACUACAGAUUUCCAUAAAUUAAUGAAUAAAAUAAAACAAAUUUAUUUUUUUA